CCGGCCACAACAACAAGCAGCCAUGUGUGUUUGUUGACAUUAUCUGCUGGACACUCCAUUUUCCCCGCCCAGCACGCCCGCACGCCCGCCCGCCGACACCGUGCGCCCCGGGACAUGACAGCAGGGCCCUUACACUACCCUCAGGAAGGCGCGGCGGCGGAGAGAAGGGCAGCGGAGGGGAGCAGCGCGGAGUAGUAACAGAGCUGAAGUGACGGUCACCUCUCUGCCAUGUCAGUGUGUUUGUACAUCUUUCUGCCAGCCGGGAAGGACAGCAAGUUACUCGGGGCUGAGGCGGCGCCGGGAGGAAGAAGCAACACGAGAAUAUAGUGAAAACGCCUAAAGUGUGACGUCUACCUGCGUGCUUUAUGCUCUAAAACCUAAAAUAUGAAUUAUUUGUGAAUACUUAUCAAAAACAAUCAAAUAUUCAGCAAAAAGCUGUACUCUACCUCUCUGUACGGUAAGAAAUAAAAGAAAGGAUGUGAUUGCUUAUGUUUUGUGCUUGAAAAAAAUAUUAGUAUGAGCACAAUGAAAAAAUGAUAAUAACAGUAAAGAAAAGCCUGAACUCUCCCCACUACCUUCCUUAAAGGGCAGGUAGUACCAGCGGCAGAAAGUGAGUGCCACCAUGAGUGCCAUGCUGGGUAGUGGCGGCAGCUGUGACAGUGGCGCCAGGGCCUGACGGUGUGAUGGCACCAACAGUGAUGGCACAGUGGCGUGGCAGCUCCUGAGGCAGUGUGUGGCCGCCAUGAGUAAUCCCGGGGACAAGUACCGCCACUUCCUCAGCAUGCACGGGCCGCUGCUGCAGGGCACUGGUGGCUGUGGCAGCAGUGGUGGUGGGGGGUACCAGUGUAGUGAGUGCGGGGAGCUGUUUGCUGAGAAGAACGGGCUGCGGGAACACGCCCUCCACCACGCCGGGGACAAACGCAAUCUGUGCAACCUGUGCGGCAAGCAGUUCACGCGCAAGAGUGACCUGAGCCGCCACUUGCUGAUCCACAGUGGGGAGAAGCGCUAUAAGUGUGGCGAGUGUUGCAAGCUGUUCACCCGCACCAGUGACCUCAACCGCCACGUCCUCACCCACAGCGGGGAGAAGCGGCACAUCUGUGGGGAGUGCGGGAAGCGUUUCACCAGGAAGAGUGAUCUGAACCGUCACAUCUUGGUGCACAGCACGGACAAGAGGUGUGAGUGUGCCGAGUGUGGGAAGCUGUUUGGGCGCGAGGAGAGCCUCCGCGUCCACAUGGCGGUGCAUGCCGGCACCAGAAAAUACCAGUGUGAGGAAUGCGGCGAACUCUUCCCAGACAACGCCACCUUGCGGGCCCACAGGUUCCUUCACACAGGGGAGAAGCCAUACAAGUGCGGUGGCUGCGAGAAACAGUUCACGCGGAAGAGCGACCUCAACCGCCACGCGUCCAUGCACAGCGAGGAGAAGCGCUUCAAGUGUCCCGAGUGCGGCCAGCUGUUCACUCACAAGAAUGAGCUCAGCGGCCACAUGCUGGUGCACUGUGCUGAGCGGAACUACAAGUGUCAGGAGUGCAGCAAGCGCUUCAACUGUAACUCAAAGCUGAAACGCCACAUGCUGGUGCACACUGGCGAGCGUCACUACAAGUGUGACGUCUGUGACAAGCGCUUCUCCUGCAACUCCAAACUGAAGCGGCACAUGCUGGUGCACAGCGGCGAGAAGAACUAUAAGUGUGACGAGUGCGACAAGUCCUUCAACUGUAACUCCAAGCUGAAGAGACACGUGUUUGUGCACAGUGGCGGUGACGGCAGUGUGAGUGGCGGCCGCCCGAGGGACAAACAGGUGUGUGACGGCAGCUUUGGCCCCGAUUGUUCCUUCAUCAUGUCGGAGGCGGUGAACGAGGUGUUUGUAAUGCCCACGGCGGUGAACAACCACCACCACCACCACCACCACCAAGUUUUUGUGAAGGAGGAAAGCCUCGAGGACUGCGUGUUUGUGAACAAGAUACAUUUUCAGUGAUGCCUCGGUGAAUACUUUGUUAAGACUCAGUUCCGGUGACUCGUAGUGUAUUGUUUUGUUAGGAUGAGCAUGUGGAAAUUACCUGACUUCAGAUGACUUGUGUUCAAACUCAUGUUAUUAUCCCUUCCCUGCCUGUGUCAUGGCACAAACACUAAAAAGGCUGGAAAUGGUCUAUUAUUGAAAUUUCUGUUUAGAAGAUUCGUGGUCAUAUUUUCAUCCCUUCUUUGCUUGAACCACAAGAAAGACACUAAACAAAGCAGAAUUUUUUUAUUAAAAUUUAAUUUCCAGAAAGUUCAUAUCCAGACAAUGUUUUCAUCUCUCUCACAUGAACCACUGGACACUACAUGGGCUGAGUGGUCAGCAACAAACAUUUCUGUUUAAAAGACUAUAUAUGUCCAAACCCAUAUUAUACAACUCUCCCAUACUUGAACCAUUGGAAAAAGGAAAGGAAAAAAAGGCAAGACUGCAGAACAAAAGGUAACAGGUUAUCCUCUAAUAUGGUGGCCAGAAUGAUAUAGUCACUGCUUUCAACUAUUCCUCUAAGCCCCACCUUCUUCAUUAUCAAUCCAGACUUGUCAUAAACUUCAUCACAUCCUGUUUUCAGAUUAAUUAAUCAUCCUUUAUAUAUUUCAACCAGGUGCUCCUCGCAUGCACAGUCACUUAUUAAAAUGUAUUUUGAGAGGGGAGCUUGGAAUGUAAACUAACCAUAUUGCUUUUGUAAUAUUAUAAUGUGGUAUUUCUUUUUAGGACUCUAACCCAUACUUAGAAUGAGGCUUGCCAAAACAAUAUUGUUUCAUGGCAUAGAUAAUAUUAAAUUUUCUAUCAAUCUGCCCUGAGUCCCUUUCCUUGGAACUCCCUCAGUGAGGUGGCCAUGGCAGAUGUCUCCUUUUGUUCCUUUCCGUGCCCUCCAUUCUUGAAUACUCAUCUUCUCUUCACUCUCUCAAGUAUACUACCUCCGUCCUCCCAUUUUACUGCAGGUCAUCCUCUUGCACUCACCCAUGCAGCUCAUUCUUUGUCAGUUCAUUCCUUCCCUCAGACAACAAACACAACCAUGGCCAGUCAGCAAGGACUUUCGUAUGAGGAUAGGGUUUAGGGGACUAGUUGGCUGGUGACGGCUAUAGAGAAUAUUUGCUGUAGGUGACACGUUACUAUUUAUUUCACACCAGUGAGGCUUGGCUGAGUUAGAAAGGCACUUGGAUGUUAUUAAAGACUUUGAUGUGGUUGUGAAGGUUUACAAGUAUCAAGCUUUGUACUGUGUUUUUUUUUUUUUACAGUAAAAUAGGCAGGUCAAGAAAUGUGCAAUGAAAUAGAAAAUUAUUGCUAUAUGCUGCUGUAAAGAAUAUACUACUGGUAAUGCCAAAAUAGAAGUUGUGAAGGUCCAAUGAAUGACAGGUAUAUUUUCCUAUUUCCGUUCAUUAACAAGUGAAAAUAAUCAAGCAUACACACCACAGUAAGGCUGAGGCAGGAAAUUGCUUGGAUGUUAUUUAAAAACUUGAUGUGGGUGUGAAAGUAUGCAAAUGUCAAGGUCUGCAUUGUGUGGCGAGAGUGAAAUCAUGAACGUGAAAGCUGAUAACAAUGUAAGGAUGUUAACUAGAGGUGGAGCAGGUUGGCAUAGGCAGGGCAAGGCUUGUGGGGUGAGCAGCAAGCGUAGGCAGUAAAAGGGUGGCAUAGCGGUGUUGGUAGUACUCGCUGUAGUGUGUGCAUCAGGUAAUAAUAAUAAUAAUGACAGGAUAUGUGCCGGUAGUAGUUCUUUCGUCUAGGUUAUGGAACAUGCAAAUAGUUCUGUAGUGUACAUAAGGGAUGGAAGAUGUAUGAUUCUGUUAUGGGAGAAGAGAUAUUGAUGAUCUGCUUAGCCAAUGGUUGUGUUGUAUUGUCAUCUUUCUGACCUGAUGUUAAGGUUAUGGAAGAUGCAAUUAGGUUAAUACUUUAUGAAAUGAUGGAAGAUGUACGAAUUUGUUUUGGAGAAAUUAAUAUCUGGUGACAUUUUGUUUUAUGGGAAAACUUGAUAAUAUUCUUUGCUCAUAGCUGUAAUGAAUUGUCAAGAUUUUUUGUUGUUUUUAGGUAAUGAAAAAUGCAGCUAAUUUAGUACUAGUCUAUGCAAGUGAUGGAAGACUGAUGAAUGGUUUUGUUUCUGAAAAAAUGGUGUUAUUUUGUGUUUUGAGUUGUUAAAUCAUGUUUUUUUUUCAGUUUACAUUACAAAAGAAGCAGUUAGUUAAGUAUAGUUUACUUCAGUGAUAAUCCUGUCGUUUUGUUUCAGGAAGAGAAAUUAAGUUUUUAAAAAAAUUGUGUUGACAUGUUGUUUUUAUUGAUUGGUGAAGAAAUAAUUUGAAACUGAUGAGUGCUGGACCAUUUGCCAAGCUGAUGAGUAGUUUUCCUUAUUUCUUAGUGUUUUUGGUUUGAGUAAAUAAAGAAAAAGAAAAUCAUACCUAUGUAUGUACAUCUCUAGUCAGGCAUAAUAGGGAAGCAAUCUGCUGAGAGGUAUUUCUGCAGCAGGAGAAAUGAUGGAGAGACAAGUGCCAGUUAGUAUAUUAUUGGCUGGUAGGAGUAGGAGGCAGCGUGGGUGGUGAUCGCUAGUGUUAGUAGAUUAGGUCGCUUAUUCCUAACUCAAAAUGCAGCCGCCUCACUCUGCCGAUGCCUUGAUAUGCGGAGAUGUGUUGGAUAGGAUUAGCUCAGACUAGGUACAAAUGUUGAGGUCCACUUAUUAUUCUUAAACUAGGAUGGUUUUAUGGUAAAGGCUUGGGUUGACUACCUGCCCAAUUUUGUAAUCAAUGGAAAUCACCUGUUUAACUUAAUGAUAUAACUUACCUGUCAUCUUAAAAGUGAUAGAUCACCUGUUAGAAUUGACAAGGAGUACACACCUGUCCUGUUUUGCAAGUGAUUAAUAUUACCUGUAAACCCAUAAGGACAAAAUAAUUAUCUACCCUUACUCAUUAAAAAUGGAGAUUACUUUUUUUAAUUAAAUUAUUAAAAAUCCCUUACCUUAAUGUGAAAGGGGGAAUUUGCCUGUGAAAACUUGGUGAAAUAAUACCUGUGAAACUUAAUAACAAAAGAUUACCUGUUCUUAGUCCUUACCUUUACAACAGCCGACCUUCCCUUCUGUGCAACUAGUCCAUUCCAGCAACUGACAGAAACUGCUCAAAUUAUGGCAACAGCCUCUCCAUAACUGUUCCUUUAGGCUAGUUUAUAACUCUUACUAUAUUUUUGCCCGUGACUAAGGAAAACAAAGGAAACAACAUAUUUUUAACACCAACACACUAUGAUCAUUUACUAUGACAAGAAAAUCAAUGCUGCAGCGCCCCCUCCAUGCAUGUCAAGAAGUAAAGGAUUGCAGCCGUUACAUUUGUGAGCCUUCCUUUGUCAGUCGCUGGAGUGGACCACUGUCAAAAAAGUAUGUUGGCAUGUAUGAAAGUAUAAGCUCCCUGAAUGAGUGUAUAUGGCUGGCUCUGCAUAUACAUGGAUGUACAUAUUCUACUCUUAAUAUAUAUGUAAGUUAUGCUUCAAGUAACAUCGGUGUCCUACUAUUCUAUACUACUACUACUUCUAUUACUACUUCAAGAGCAUGUUCACCAAUUAGUAUGUGCUUCUUAAUCUUCACAGCUUUAACCCAUGUUCAUAUAGGGUCAAAUUAAAGAAAGUUUAUCCUUAAAUUGUAUUGGACACUGGUUAGGCCUCACCUAGAUUAUGCUGUUCAGUAUCUACCCCUAUCAUAAAGAAUAAUAAGCAAAAUUAUCCAAGAACUAAGAAACUUACUGUAUAAAGAAGAUAAAUACUCAACCACCAUUCUCUGUUAAGACAGACUAUGUAAUUAUGGAUGGGGAGGUAAAUCUGUCAAUAACCCACUCUCAGGAGUUGUCCUGUUGAAGUCAUCGGGCCUCUUGUAGUCUUCUUAUAUCCUUGUGUAUUAGUUGGUGAAUAUACCUUACUACUACUACCACUAUUAUCAAGCUCCUCCCUGUAACCUUUCAGUGUGUUGCCAAGUCUAUAAAGAGGAUACAUGUAUGUUUACCACUGUCCUCAGCUGCUCCUUGGUGAAUGCAUAAUGAUGUUGGUAACAGUGCUGUUCCUGCUGCUGCUGCUGCUCUUUCAGCAAUACAGUGUUCCAUCCUGAA